AUGGCACAGAACCCAACACAGGCCUUGACUCGACUCAGUCCCGAAGAUUCGCACGGCGUCUUUGACAUCUAUAUCGUCGGAUUUCCUCCAAACGGCAAAUCAAGAAAGACAGAGUCAGCAUCUAGCGAGACUGUAUCAAAAGAUCCCACUUUCGAUAGGAUUAGGCCUAAAGAUUGGGCUCAAAUCGUUCCGCAGCUUAUCCCGGAGGCUGAAGUUUUUGAGUUUAUGCCCUUCCAAGAGCGGGAAACCCUCCAAGAACAAGCAUCUGAGGAAACCGAAGCUGCGGCUCCCUCACAGCAACAGAGGAAGAAUUCCAUCCGCUCCGCAGCCGAUCUAGAUACAGAGGCACGACUGCUUCUAGACUGUAUAAAGGAUGGACCUAAGAAGCGUCGCGUCCUUCUGGCAGGCUGUGGCCUCGGGGGUUUGGUAAUCAAGCAGGCAAUCGUCAUCGCCAAUAGGAGCCCCCGAUACUAUGAUGCCGCUUCGCUAAUCGAACAGUUGGUAUUUGUAGCAACGCCGCAUAUUGCGCCUAACUUGGAUGCGUGGGAGGAUAUUGCUGGUGUUGGAGACGACGACAACAUUCCCGAGUCUAUAUUCGAAUCUCAAUUUAUUGAUUUUCUUCAGCAACUGGCUCCCUCGAGCUGGAUCUUCCACGAAAAUUCGGCCAUCCAGCUCCUGGAACCGGAUGUCGAGCUUCAGUUGUACGAGCAACACCUUUCAAAGCUGCAGCUUCUCAAGACUUUCGGACAAGGAGCUGUCAAUAUCACUGGUCCACCGGGCUAUGGGAAGACCACUCUGCUGAAGCUUCUUAUUCAAGGGCUUAAACAGCAAUAUUCGAGAGCAAUUACGAUUGAUUUUUUCCUGGAAUCGUUUGAAGCUUCCAGCCGGACAUCGAAUCAAAUACUGAGAAGCGUCAUCCACCAAAUACUGUCUCAACGACCUUCCUUGUUCCAGAACAUCCGGCUUUUGUAUAUGCAGCAGAAAAAAAUAGGAACAUGGACAGAUGAGAUUCUGUGGGACAUUUUCCAAAGACUUAUCCGGCAUUCUGGCGGGUGGAGAAUCAUCGUAUCCAUUAACAACUUUAAACAUUGGAGCCCUGAAUCACGAUCCGUCUUCACGAAGCUCGAUAAGAUCCUUGCUACCAGCAAUUUCCAAUACACCAUGCUCACGACGGGCAGAGGAAAUAAUUCGGGCCUUUCUCACGAGCCGGACGAGAUAAUAGAUUUGGCUUCAGGGGCGGAAGACUCGGGGAAGCGGUUUAUAAAAGCGAAGCUCGACAUUCUUCUCCGGAAAAAGCCUGCACUUACACCUUGCGAAAAAGACAUUCUGGAGACCGCGAGCAUCUGGGAAGACUCGUAUUCGCAUACUGAGCGAUGCUUAAAACAAUUAUCUAGCAACUUCACCCUAUCUAGCCCGGAUGCGAUAGCAGUCGCAGUGGAAACUUGCCCCAAAUCCGAGGAUGACAUAUCUCGCGACCGCAUAGAAGCCCUGCUGCAGGGAGAUUUGCACGUUCUGAACUGGUCUAUCAGCGUUGUGUCUUGGGUCAUGCAUUCAGCUCGACCCCUGCGGAUUCAAGAACUUGCAGUUGCCGCUGCCUUGAGCAUGGGCGUCGGCGACAACCCGUUGGCGGAUCUUGACCGACACAUUUCCAGAUCGAUGGAGCAUGAUCUUGACCGAUACUUGGAUGUGCUGAUACGUGCUGACAGCCAAGUUGCCCACAUCUACAGCGCUGCAACGAAGAAGUUUCUCGCAGAGAAACUGCCGAGCCAUUUCCACGAAGGAGAUGACUCUCUCAAGGGCUUUAGGUUGCUUAAUCAUGCCAAGCUUGCUAUACUCUGCAUUAAGUACAUAUCUCGCGCAAUAUCAGAGAACUGGGAGAUGUGUAGGGCUCGGCUAGAUUGGCGAUCCAACAAAUUCCAGGCCGACCAAUCUGAACUGGAAUUUCUGAGCUAUGCGGUCAGAUAUUGGCCGAUUCAUUACCACCGCCAUUACGAUCAAGCCAGAGAUAAUCCCUCAGCUGGAGAACAAGAAGAGGACGACAGUACAAAGCUAGAAGACGUUAUUAUAGAAUUCUUUGACAACGAAGAUUUGCGUCUCAAAUGGUGCCAGUUGUUCUCGUUAAAAUCCCAAUCAACAGACAUCUAUAACCAGGAAGCGGAGGAGGAAGUGGCGAAUGAGGAAAUCACUCCCCUUGAAAUUGUCUGUGAACUUGGUCUUACUGCUGUAGCCAAGAGGAUUCUGACUUCCGACAAGGACGUUCUGAAGAGCAGUCCAAAGACUCUGUCAUCAGCUCUUGCACUAUCAGUCAGAAAUAACCAUUCAGACAUUACGGCAAUGGUGUUGGAAAUGAAUGUUCCCGUCUCCUCUGCAUUCAUUGAGGCUGCUUGCACCAACAAUGUUCAGGUCAUGAGGUCUCUAAUGACACAUGGAGCCAAACUCAAAGAUGAAGAUUAUCUCGGCUCUUUAGCGCUUAGAAAAGCCGCCUCCACAGAGAGCUUAGAUGCAGUCAAGCUCUUGCUCAGCGAAAACAUUGAUGUUUCCGAGACUGACACUGACGGCCGAUCUGCCAUACAUGCUGUAGCUAUCGGGGGCGUGGUGGAGAUGCUGCAAAACAUCUCGAACCUCCCUGGCUUCGAUAUCAAUGCCAGGGACAACGAACAAAAUACAGCUCUUAUCCUGGCCGUACAAUUCGACCACGUCAGACUCGUCCGUGAGCUGUGUCUGAAGAAAGCAGACGUCACCCUGGCUGAUUCUCAAGGUAAAACUGCGUUACAAUAUGCUGUCUCAAAGGACAUUAAUAUCACAAGGGUCCUUCUUGAGAAUAAGGCCAGUGCUAUGAUAGGUGACAAAGAAGGCCAAACGGCUCUCAAUUUGGCGUGUAGACUUGGAUAUGUAGAGGUUGUGAAAGCCAUGGUUAACAGCCUGGAUAACGCAUCUUUGCUCAAUCUGGUUCAUGUGGAUCAAACCGCGAAAAACACGCCAUUGCACAUUGCAGCCAAGUUUGGGUAUACAGCAAUUGUGGAGCUCUUGCUUAGCAAAGGCGUGGAUGUUAGGCUUGAAGACUCGUCCGGUAAUACAGCUAUUCAGUUAUCCGCAUCUGCAGGACACCUGGAUGUGCUCAGGAUUUUGUUGGAGCAUCAUCUGUCCCACCUCGGUGAUCUCGUACCGGAGGGCCUGGGACCAGUUGGUGACGACACAAACAACCAAAAUGAAGAAGAGGUUGGCAAAGGCCCGUACACAAUAAUAGCGGUGAAAGAAUGCAACGAGCUGCUCUAUCGGGCCGUCACAUCUGGGCAACUCAUUGUUGUGCGAUACCUCCUUAACUACAUGGACUCCUCUCAUCCAAGCAUACCCAUCCAGACCUCUACUCCUGGAGAAAAUCUCCUGAACAUUGCCGCCUCCAAAGGAUAUACCGAGAUUGUGAGAGCUCUCUUACCAAGGUUUGACCCAAAUGUCAAGAAUGCCGAGAACCGCACUCCUCUUGAUCUUGCUGUCUCAGGCAAGCAUCGGGAUGUCAUUCGACUGCUCCUUGAGAGCGGCGCGGACCCGAAUGUUUCGGACUCCGAUAGAUGGACUCCAUUGCACAUUGCAGCUGAAUCUGGUCUCCACGAAAUCUUUGAGGACUUACUGCGCGGCGGCGGAGACGUCUAUGCGCGGACCAUAUUGAAGGAGACGGCUCUACACCUGGCGGUUAAGUUUCCAAAUAUUGUGCGGCUACUAAUAGACGCCAGUGCCGACUUAAAUGCCAAAGACUACAACGAGGCUACGCCCUUGCACCUCGCCGUUCGAGCGAAUAGCAUUACCACGAUCAAGCUGCUUCUCCGGGCGGGGGCUGACUUGGAUGCUGUGGAUGAGAACGAUAAAACCUCCCUCCACUAUGCCAUUGACCUCGAGAACCCAAAAAUCGUCAGAGAGCUUUGGGAAUCUGGCCCUAAGUUACACAAACAGCCGUACAAGAAAAUACCACCUCUGAUACAAGCUUCUGAGGCCGAAAGCUUCAAUACCGUAAGAAUCAUUCUAGGAGAGACUUUGCUAGCUGAUAGCACGAACGAUACUCCAGAUCGUGGCAACGCCGGCGCCCAGCUUGACCUGGAAGAUAUGACACUGCUAGAUGUGAACGCCAAGACAAGCGACUCGAGGACAGCUCUUUUAAUUGCAGUGACGGAACAACAGCUAGAUAUCGUCAAAGCUCUUUUGAAGCUAGAUGCAGACCUAACGUCAAGAGGCGUAUCAAGCAGAACCCCGCUGCUUGAGGCUGUAAACCUUGAAAAUACAGAAAUAUUUGAGGCACUGCUUGAAAAGGGAGCGGAUAUUGACUCGCAGGACGAGGACGGCAAUACUGCUCUACAUCUUAUCCUAAACACCCGUAAUUUGGCUUUUACAACGCGGCUGAUCGAACUCUUCGAGAACGAAUCCAUGCUAGACGUGCAGGAUGCAUCAGGAAAUACACCACUACACCGGGCGGCUUAUAAUGGAUUGGAAACAGUCGUUGAGCUUUUGCUGCAGGCAAAAGCCAACCCUAAUAUCCAAUCCAAGGCUGGGAAGCUUCCUAUCCACCAGGGCUCUGACAAUUACAACAUUACUCUACUGUUAGCAGACGCGGGGUCCAAUCUCAAUACAACAGAUAGAGACGGGUGGACUCCUCUGAUGCAAUGUGUUUUCUGGGAACGCUUAGAUGUCAUCGAGCUGCUCCUGGAACGGGACAAAAACGUCAACCGCCUGGACAAAAGGGGAAGGACACUACUUCACAUUGCCGUAGACUGCAACGAUACCGACGUUCUGCGGCGAUGCCUGAAACUUGGCUCUAUAGACAUUAAUGCUAAGGACUAUGCGGGCAGGACGGCGCUUCACACUGCUGCUGCUUCUUGGCGGGGAAGUGCCUACAAGAUAAUGUCUAUAUUACUCGAUCACGAAGCAGCCAUAGCAACGAUAGACAACGAGGGUCAUACGCCUCUCUGGACCGCAAUCAAAUCAUCAGACCGCCCAAUAUGCUCUUUGUUGAUAUCCAACGGGGCUAAAGUGAAUGAAAAGAACAGCAAAGGGCAGACGGGUUUAAUAGCUGCUAGGGACGUGGAAAUGAUGGAAUGGUGUCUGGCGCAAAAGUCAGAAAGCGGAGAGCGUAUCUGGACAACAGACGAGCUUUUGGAAGCACUGUCAGAUUGCGUGGGUUCUUCUUCAGACAACGAUAGUGGCGAGGUCAACCAGAGAAGGGCUCGUUUGCUCCUGGACGAGAUCGAUAUGGCGACUUGGAAUCCCAAACAAGCCUUCACUGCUCUCCGAUCCUGUUUUGAGAUCAACUUCAUAGACAGGAUACUUAGCGCCAGAGAUUUCCUCGAGAGUGCCUCGCAAAUUACAGAUGAUGAUAUGUGGACUCUCGGCCAUUUUCGAUACCACAUGGCGGAGGCAUACUCACGCCGUGAAGAAUUGCUAGUUUCCGAAAAACCUAAGGGCGAAACUCUAUUGCCGUCUACUCUACUUGCAUCUCUGCCGCUGGCGGCUGAAAAUAUUGAUACCGACCGCUGGGAUGUUACUACGCUCUCCGUCACGAGCAAGAAAACUGAUAACAUAACACGGACCUUUCGAGCCAACCACCCGUUUCCGAUCCGUGGUGAGCGCCACGCGUACUUUGAAGCAGAGGCAUCAGCCCCCGAGUCGCAGGAGGGUCCUGUCAAUUUCGCUAUUGGCCUUUGCGGAGAGUUUGUUGACUUUGGCAGCUCUCUGCCCGGGACCAAAUUUCACCCCUCGAUCGGAUUCCAGAGCGAUGACGGUCGCAUUUUCAUAUCCGCAAUCGGGGAUCAGACGCAGCAACCGGCGUCGCAGAAGAUAGGGCCGUUCACACAGAGUGUCAAGAUAGGGUGUGGCAUCGACUGGAACGAGAAAAUGAUCUUCUUCACUCGAAAUGGAGAGAUUGUUGCGAAGGUUGAGACGCCUAUUAUCCACUGGAAACUCUACCCCGUUGUAACCGUCUUCGAAUCCACGCUAUGUACCAUUAAUGUUAACUUCUCCGGGGACUCGGAUCAUCCAUUCAUAUACAAGGCUAUCAGCUAA